UGGUUUCUAUUUUAAUUUUUUUUUUCAAUUCUUUUUCUAUUCCUGUAUUGCUUUUGGUUGCCGUUUACCAACUUGGAUAGAGUUGGGUUGGUUUCUCUCCAGGAAAGUUGAUUUUGUAUUUGGGUUUAUGUUAUUAUACCAAGUUGAAUCGAGUCGAGUUGCUUUCUCUCCAAGAAAGUGGAUUUCUAUGUGGGUUAAUCUUUUUAUACCGAGUUGAAUCCAGUUGAGUUGGUUUCUCUCCGAGAAAAUUGAUUUUGUGUUUGGGUUUAUUCAUUACAGUUGCACUUUGUUUAAUCCUACGUUUCUGAUUUCAGGAAUAUCUUCGAUUUUCUGAAAAGCAAUUCAUUGUUUUUCUGCACUUGCGUUUCUUGGAGGAGGAGGAAAACUAGGGACCAUAUCAUUUGUUUUUCACUGUUUGAUUCUGGUGAAAAAAAAUAAAAAUGGGAAGAGGCAGAAUGAUGGAAGCAACCUCAAUGGAUUCCAGGUUUCUGACAAACACUCAGAGCAGGAUGACUUAUUUUUCACCUUCAUCAAGCAAUCUAUCCUACUUUCAACAGCAAGCAUUGCAAGCUGGAAUGAAUGGUGUUUAUCUUACAAGGAGCGAGUAUGUGAGAGGUGGUGUUGGUACAAGGGAAAUGAUUCAAUGUGAGAUUGAGAAAGAGCAAAUUCGUGAGGAGAUAAUAGGAGCAGAGAUUGCACGGUUGUGCAUGUUGGAAGCUGAACGCAGAAGAGAAAUACUAAUGAAUAGAGACUCUGCUCUACAAAUGUCACUAGGAUUUCUAACGACAUAUGAUGGAACUUCUAAUGAAAGGUUAACUUCUUUAGCUCCAUCCACAGUUGGGGCCUUCAACAGGAUGCAUCAAUCUGGUGAAAGUUUGUCUCCUUUGGCUCCAUCUGCAGUUGGGGUCUUCAACAGGAUGCAUGAAUUUAGUGAAAAGUUGUCUCCCUUGGCUCCAUCUGCAGUUGGGGUUUUCAACAGGAUGCAUGAAUUUGAAUUUAGUGAAAAGUUGUCUCCGUUGGCUCCAUCUGCAGUUGGGGCCUUCAACAGGAUGCAUGAAUUUAGUGAAAAGUUGUCUCCCUUGGCUCCAUCUGCAGUUGGGGUCUCCAACAGGAUGCAUCACUUUGGUGGGACGUGUGACAAUGAAAGGCUGUCUCCUUUGGCUCCAUCUGCAGUUGAAGUCUUUAAUAGAAUGUCCCUUGAGGGUGACUCGUCAUUUCAGGAGGAGCUGGAUGGUAACAAAGAGUCUACAAAUGUUCACUCUAGUAUUUACGAGAAAAAGCGGACAGAAGGACAGGCAGCAGAAGGAGAUUGUGAGCAUCCUGUGGCUAGUGUAAACAAAAAUCCUGAGUGGAGUUGUGCUCUAUGUCAAGUUAGCACCACCAGUGAACAGAGUCUCAAUGAUCAUCUUCAAGGGAAGAAACAUAAGUCAAAAGCAUCUAAACUCGAGGCUAAAAAGACCAGCAUUGGAAGUUCGGUCUCAAAGUCAGGGAAAGGGAAGAAGAAGGCUGCCAAACUAGGGUUGUUGCUACUGCAAUAGAGGCUAGUCUUGGACAGUGAAACACGGUGGAACCAUAGAACUUGUACAGUGCGAUGUGGGAGGGAAAGGGGGGACUCGAGGCUUUGGGACUGAAUAAUGAUGUAAUCAGUAAAUGACCCACUUCCUUCUAAGUAAAUAUUGUUGGUUCUUUGCCCAAUGUGUUUCACGACUUUAAAAGUAUCUACAUAGUUAAAACAAGCUCAAACAUAUAUAUAUUGUCAGGGUAUCA